GACCCCUGAUGGCGGUGGAUUUGACUCCUCGGUUCAGACGCUUAAAUAGUCAAACACGAAGUUUUCGUGAAAAUAUUCAGCAUGGUUUCUCAGGGCCUUUUGGAGCCACUCAGCUAUGGCAUAACAUAAUCCAUGCCCUCCAAACACAGGUAGAGGUGCGUCGCUGCAGGAGACACCUACGUGUUCAUGCGGAAUGUUUCACAGGCUCAGAUGCUGUUGAUGCUGUCCUCAGUUAUUUGAUGCAGAAUGUGGUGUUUUGCACUAGUGAGGUGUCUCGCCUCAAAGCAGCACGCCUCUGUCAGGCUCUGAUGGAGGCCAAGGUGUUUGAACCUGUGGGUACAAAGCUGUUUCGCAGAGACAAGGAAGUGACCUUUGAAGAUAGUAGCUGCAGCCUUUACCGUUUUCUGGAGUAUAAGGUUCAGCCCAUCUCUGCCAUGAAGGACUGCAGUAAUGACACAGAAAACAUACCCCCAGAGGAGCUGGAGUCUAAGAAGAAGAAGAGCUCCAGUAGGCUGAGGACCAUCUCUAAUCCCCUUGCAGUUGGCCCUUCAGACAGGAGGGUUGAGAGACUGCUUAGGGCCAUAAACCUGCGACCCUCCUCAACCCAGUCUUUUAACAAAGUCUCUACAACCUCUACAACCUUUUUGUCUAAAGCUUUGGUAGAGGAGGUUUGGAAGCAGCAGACACUCCUCCAGCUGCUGCAAAUAGUUGAGCUGCCCAUGCUGGACUGCAUCUUGGCCUCUCCCUCCAGGGUUCAGCCUCAGGCCUUCAUGGCUCCCUUGGCCACUCAAGACCUGGUGAUCUCCAACACUUGCCUGGAGAGAGAACUGCCAGAGGCUCUUAACCUGCCCCAGUUAGACGAGUGGCUUUCAGCAGCAGCAGACUGCUUAGAGCUCUUUCCUGACCAGCUGAUAGUGGUUGCAGGGGAGCAUCUCGGUCAGCAGGGUGUCGUUGUCUCUUCAGGUGAUGACAAAGCAGAGCAGAUGUUGUGUCAAAAGAGACUGCUCUUUGACACCAUUGCCAAGUACUACAAUGGACAGGAAAAAGCCCCACUGCUCUCAGGGCGGUAUCUGGACAUACAUAUUGCGAUCCUGAAUUUGUUGGAUGGAGGGAACAUGCAGGAUGCCAUUAGAGCAUCUCAACUGUGUUUGCGACUUCUGGAGGCAAGUGUGAGAGAUGAACUCCGGAGACUUUUGGCCUUCAUGGCUAUGGCAGCUCACCCAGAAGCCUGCCGUCUGCAGAAACAGAUGGAUAACAGGCCCUUAGUCUGCCGCACCUUUCAAAGGGCAGUUGUCCAGAAUCGUGAAAUGACUCAUUCUCAGAGUGAAACUUUAGUUCUGUUUCUCAUGGACAAUCACACUGAGCUCUUCAAGACCCCUACAUCCCUUAUUGAAUCUGUAAGGAGGACACUGAGGACUAUGCAGCAGGGCAAAGACCCUGACUCUAUUCCCACGUUCACCUUCUGCCAGCAGGUGACACCACAGGAAUAUGAGGACCAGCGUGAGGCUACCACACUGGAGAGCCUUAAGCAGCUUCUUCAUGACAUCUCAUUGAACGAGAACAUGCCUGUCAAAGAGAAGAAAAGGCUGCUCAAAGAGUUUGAGAAACAUCACCCUGUGGUCUUCCUCCAGCAUUUCUCUAGUACCUUCUGAGAGUAAAGACAGGGAAUGCUUUUGGUAUGAGUUCCAGGUACACCUCAAAACAGUACUGGCAAUACAUUUAUGUUCAACUUAUACUGUAGGACAACUAUGAUCUUGCGCUCUUGGUACAGAGUACUGAGCGACUAGUCUAUGUUUUAUUGAUUGGUUCCUAAAUGUCAUUUAAUCAUCUCACAGCACUACAUAAACAGAUAAUCAAGUCUGACUGAUAAAAAGGCUCAAAAAGGUGAACUGCAGAAGCUUUAACUGUUGCCACUAGAUUGCAUUUUAUUUGAUUAUUUAAGGUUUUUAUUAAUUAUUCAAAUUUAAAAAUGGAGUUUGUAUUUCGUGCUGAAAUCUGUUCUGGCUGUACAAUAAGAUGAAAAGAAUUUAAAAAAGCAUAAGGAAUCAAUGAAUUUAGCACUGCCAUCUAAUUAGCAGCAGCUUAAGGCUGUAAUGAUUAGACAGUUAGUGUACUAACUGAUGUAUUUCUUGCAAGUGGAAUUGAGUUUGACUGUUGAAGCUUUAUUUUAAUCUUGUUAAGCUGUCUGUAUUUGGUGAAAUCCAGUGUGGUUUUGCACUUAUUUUUCUACAUGUCAAAUGAAGAUGAACAGAAUUACAGCAAUUUGUUUCUCAUUUUAGUUUUGAAGUUUGACUAGAAUAAUGUAGUUUAAAAAAUAUUAGCAAAAGUGGCACUAAUGUAGCUGAAAGAUGUUUUAGCACAGUUUUUAAGUGUUAGAGCAACAAUAGCUCAGGUUAACAUACUUUAUAUAUGUUUUAAUGUUUUUGUAUUUUUAAUUUUUUUUUAAGAUUUACUUGAAAGGUGGAUAUAAUGUCUUGGAAGAGGUAUAAUAACAGGUGACUACUUUAGGCUACUACUAAUUAAAUCUCAGAUGUUUAUUUUUUCAUCAUCAAAGCCAUGGUUGUACAAGUCAUUUAUAACCAAAAUGUCUUUCAGUCAGCAUGGUUUGCUCUUUGCAUUAACUGUAACAUUAUUAGGAUGCACUUUAUGAUGCUGAACUGCUUUAU